AUGUCCGCCGCGGGGUCCGGCGGCACGGGCGAGGCGCCCGUGGGCCCCGUGGGCCCCGUGGGCGGCGUCGGCGUGGAGGCGCCACGGGGCUUCGGCCCCGAGAGCCUGGUGCAGGCCCUGGACAUUGCACGGCAAUGCGCCGAAGUGAGAAAGCAGAAGGAGGUGCUGCUGUCGGAGUUCUCCGUUUCUGAGGACCGCACCUGGGAGGAGGCGUUGAAGCUGCAGCACCUUCUGGCCUUGGCGGCCAAGCCGGACUUCAUGCCACCAGCGUGCUUCCAACAGGCAAUGGAAACCUGUGUGGCCUGCCUGCUCCACACACCUCAACUGAUGCAACCUGCGCAGAUGCUGGAAUUGUUGGAUUCCCCUGAUGCUGGACCGCUCUUGCAGUACUUGAGUUGGUUGGAAGAAGCCUUAAAGGAAGUGGCCAAUUCCAGUGGUCGCACGGUGCUGGUGCCACAGCGUGCCCGGGGCGCCUUAAAGUCUUGGCCGGCUGAGCGGUCCUUGCUGCACCAGAGUGCUGCGGCGCUCUGUGAAGCCAUCAUGGUACAAGGCCCACAACACCUGAGGCACGCACAAGCUUGGAACGAAGCCUUGCAGAAAAGACAGGCCAUUCAAAAAGACCAGACAGAGGCAUGCCAGCGUGCUGCGCAGGAGCUGCACAAGACGGCUUCCUUUUGCCUGGAGCAAGUGGACGAGCACUGCGGGAUGGAAUGGCCAAAACUUGGGCGACUUACUCAGGAGUCCCUCCAGAGAGUUCAGCAGGUGGCAGGUGACCUCUUAAAGAAACAAAAGGAUUGCUGGUCCCAUUCCUUGGAGGACUACGAGGCCUUGAACACCAAAGCUUCCAACUCCAGGGCUGCUUUGCAAGAGGUCCGGCGACAGGUCCGCAGACACGAACAGGCCUUCAUCCAGGCUGCACAGCGUUUCACCGAAGUUGCCAACCAGCUUGUUGCUUGGACAAGCGUUCUGGUGCCGAAGCUUCGCUUGCUGGAAGCGCAACGCUCUUCGUUGCGCUGUGCAGUGGAGCUGCGGCAGAAGCUUCCCAACCUCGAGCGGGAGCAUCUGCAUGCAGAAGAUGAACUGGACACUGCUCAGACAGAGCUCCGGAAGCAGAAGAGGCGCUUGCAGGCAUCAAGCUCUAGGCGUCGGCCCGCCAGCCCUGCGGCCACUGCUGGGUAUGUUUUGGAGCAACAAUGUGAGUUGCGUGUAGCCCAUGCUCAAAAGCGCGUGGAUGACUUGCACGAACAGUUGCGGGAUGCCGAGCGGAGGCUCCAUGAGGCUGAGCAGAGCCUCCCAAUGGAACUGGGGCCACAUGAAGAGGACGGCGGCUGUGCCCGCAGCUCCACGCUUGACCUCAUGGCUCCGGUGGAUCCACAUCUCACCAACGAGGAGCGACUGGCCCUGAAGCUGGCCACGUUGCAACAGUUCCAUGAAGAGAUGGUGUCGCUGGCAUCGGAAUCCCAGGCAGAGCAUGAUAAGAUGCUGCGAAAGGUUGAACAGAGAAAGGUUCAGGCAGCCGUAAAGCAAGCGGUAGAGCCCGACUUCAUGUGCCCCAUCCUUCACGAGAGGAUGAAAGUUCCGGUCCUGGCGGCAGAUGGUUUCACCUAUGAGCGUCAGGCAAUUGAGAAGUGGCUCUCGAUGCACAACACCUCACCCAUGACUGGUGCGGUGCUGGCACACCGGUAUUUGACCGAGAACUUUGCACUGCGCCAUUUGAUCGAAGCUUAUGAGACUCAGUUGGCCGAACAGAGGACCUGUGAAGGACGACGCGGUGGAGUUUCUAUGAAGACUUGUGAUGUUGCCGACCUCUCAGAUGCGGAUGUGCAGAGUGACGAGGACGAGGAUGAGGAGUGUGAAUUUGACGAGGAAUGGGAUGAGGUUCGGCGUCGGCGUCGUGCUCUUGCCUUGAGAGUUGAGGAGGUUCGCAGGCGUCGUGCUCUUGCAGCCUUGAGAGUUGAGGAGGAAGCCCGGCUUCGUUUACUUGGCCCGCUGGAGAAUCGACUGACUCACAAUCAACUCAUCGUGCACUGCUCGUGCGUGGCCGGGUUUUUCAAGGCACUGAGGUGCCGCUGGAUCUUCCACAGCUCCGACAUGCCGAUCCUGAGCCACCAGGAUGAUGGCUGA